AUGCCGCCAGCCGGUCGAGGAGGGCGCGGUGGUGCGCGCGGAGCUUUCAAUCCGCGAUCUGGCACAGUAACGAUUGCCGGCACCGAGCUGAACUGGGACCUGUCAGGGCUGGAAAUACAGAAGGGCCCUGCUGAGCGCUUUCCCGAAGCUCCUCCUCCACAAGCGCCUCCACCGACCACCGACGAGUCCAAAAUAGUACAACACUUCCUGCAAGUGCGCGAUCGUAUACAUGAAGGACCGUUCUACACCAUCUUGAACGACGGUAUGAAGAACGGCCUGAAGAGGAAGGCCAGCGAGCCCGCGCCCACCGAAGCUUCGCUGUUCAACCCGUUCACCGACAAUCAAACAUACUCAGCGAAGUAUCUGAAGGUUAGAAGAAGGUUGCCCAAACUUGACGAGAGGCCUUACGUUACAGAAUUGUUUCCCGCGGAAUUGCGCCUUACGCUCGAUGGUACAAGAGCAGAUGGGAACUUGUCAAAGAAACGUAGAACCCUUGGCGUUACCAAAAUCAACGCUGUCUCUCAAAUCGAGCGUAUGAUCAAGUUUGAGGAAGGUCGCACCAACGAAGCUGAGGCGCGCGCUGAGGAAGAGGACGAUGAAGACGACGACGAGGACGCGGAACAAGACGACGACAAGCCAGACGCUAUCGACGAGGACGACAAGUGGUCUGCUGCAUCGAGCGACUCAGAAGAAUCGGACGAUGACUACAACGCGGAGCAAUACUUCGACAACGGAGAAGAUGAAGAUAUUGACGACGCUGAUCCAUAUGAGAACACGUAUGAAUGA